UCAUGACUGUCGAGUUUGACUAUUUUUUGGAUUUCCUCUUUUUUUUUUUUUUUUUUUUUUGGGUACAUGGAUUUCCUCUUUAUUUGUUUGCAGCUUCCGCUUGUGAUGACAAAUCUUAGAGAAAAAUUGACAGAGGAAGAAGUGGAUGAAAUGAUACGAGAAGCGGAUACAAAGGGUGAUGGCCACGUGAACUAUGAGGAGUUUGUCAGAAUGAUGCUAUCCAAGUGCUUGGAGCCAAUCGACCAAUGAUGGUGCCACCGUGGUUAUGGCCAAGUGAACUAUGAGGAGUUUGUCAGAAUGAUGCCAGCAGAGGGAUGUGAUCCAUCAACCAAUGAUAGUGUCACUUUAUUCUGGACUUGGUGAAGAGGGAUGUGAUCCAUCAACCAAAUGAUAGUGUCACUUUAUUUUGGACUUAGUGAAGUGGGAUGGUUUCUUCUGUGUCCAUUGAGUCGUCUAGUCUGUUUCCAAUUGAACUUUAUAUAAACAGAUUAUAAUGAG